AAAUCGAGGCAUGGCGUUAAAAGUUAUUCUGGUAUUUGAGCCGUCACUACAAAGAGUUUCAGUUGUUCAGACAGGGCGUUUCACACUGAACCGAAGAAAGAGCCAGGAGAUGGUGACUCUGAUCAACCUUGUGCUCAAAACAGGAAACGCGAUGGAAGAAAUCUGCAGCAGACAGGGACCCUGCAUCUCUCCAUUCAUUUCGCGGACGCUGCUCCGUCCUCACAACCACAUGGGACCCUUCCUGGACCCUCGAUCUCCAGGCGCUAUGCUCUCCAGUGGCCGGCCGGCCGGCCGGCCAACCGGGCGAACCGCCGGCCACGGCGUCCCGGAAGAUAACGCAAGCUAGGCGUGAACGCCCUGGAGCUGGAUGAAACGCCUCGGAUGCCAUCUCGUCUGGUCUUGGCCGCAAUCCUGGCGCUCAUGUGCGCCACAUGUACCCUGUCGGCGAGGCCAUGGAC